CAAGUUUCUUUUCACGCCACAACGACGAAUUUCCCCUUGCUAUUUGUGAGUGAUGGACUAGUUAUGCAGCAUGCGCGAACCUCUAGUUGAUAUGCUGACGUCGGUGAUGUAACCACGAAUGCAGAAACCAAUCCAACCGAGAGAUCAGAUUGUGAAGAGUGCCAAAGGGCAUCAACUACAGCGUGGAAACAGCUUCAAUGUGGGUUACAGGUUCAGCAGUCGCACUACGACCAUUCAACGGUCCGCAACGUGCCAUCCUGAAUCAUCUUCAAAAGAUGGAAGAUUCAGCGCUUUCACGCCAUCAAUUGUUGUUCGGCUGGGUGGAUUAUUUACUCUUCGCUUCAACUUUGCUGGUGUCAUUACUGAUCGGUGUCUACCAUGCUUGGCGAGGUGGUAAUUCAACCUCCGAGUAUUUGAUGGGAGGAAAAAGCAUGGGCAUCUUUCCGAUCGCAAUGUCUUUGGCUGCGAGUUCUAUUUCAGGUACGACGUUAUUAGGGACCCCAGCGGACAUCUAUUUGACAGGUACGAUGUAUUCAUGGAUGCCGUUGGCCAUGUUUCUUUGUACGCCCGCUACCGGUUAUCUCUAUUUAUCCGUUUUCCAUCGCCUUCAGGUCGUUUCAGCUAAUCAGUAUCUUGAACUACGGUUCAACCACAUCGUGCGGCGUAUCGCCUCCGUCCUUUACAUCAUUAAACAAUUGUUCUACAUGGCCAUUGUAGUGUACGCACCAUCGUUGGCAUUGAAACAAGUAACAGGAAUCAAUGUGUACCUUUCCGUUGGCGUUAUGCUAGGUGUCUGUACGUUCUACACUGCGCUCGGUGGCAUUAAAGCGGUUGUCUGGACAGAUACAUUGCAAAUCUUUGUCAUGUAUGGUUCUUUUAUCACCGUCCUUGUUAAAGGAAUUAACGAUGCAGGAGGUCUCGGAACGGUUUGGCAGCGUAACCUUGAUUCGUCGCGUGUGGAAUUUUUUAAUGUUGAUUUUGAUCCUACUACUCGCCAUACGAUUUGGUCUGUGAUAAUUGGAGGCUUUUUUUAUUGGACCUCCUUUUAUGGAGUCGACCAGUCCAUCGUCCAGCGUUUCUUAGCCAUGCCAACCUUACGCAGAGCACAAAUAUCCAUGUGGUGCAAUUUGGUUGCAGCAGCAGGAAUUGUCGGUUUUGCCUGUUUUGGUGGCACCGUUGUAUACGCCAAAUAUUUUGAUUGUGACCCUUUAACUUCAAAAGUUAUAGAGAAAGCCGAUCAGAUUAUGCCUUUAUUUGUCAUGGAUACAGUUGGAAAUUUGCCGGGUUUGCCAGGUCUCUUUGUCGCAGGAGUUUUUUCAGGCGCUUUAAGCUCUUUGUCGAGUGGUUUGAAUUCCGUGGCCCUCAUAGUUUUGGAGGAUUUUAUUCGGCCUUUCUUUCCUUCCAUUGAAGACCAAACCGCUACCAAAGUCACCAAAGGAGUAGCAAUUCUAUUCGGUUGUAUCAACUUUGGAAUGGUUCUACUGGUAGCUCAAGUUCAGACCAUCUUAGACGCCACUCUCAGUUUUAAUGGAGCUGUUAACGGAGCAAUGAUCGGAGUCUUUACAUUGGGCAUGUUCGUUCCGUCGGCCAAUGCAAUCGGUGCUGGAUUCGGUAUGCUAAUCUCCUUCGCAGCAAUGAUGUGGCUCGGAGUGGGUUCUCAGAUUGCAAAAUCACGUGGAUUACGUCACAAUCAAUUGAAAACUUUAAGCACAGCGGGUUGCGCAUCGUUCAAUUCUACUAUAACAGCAAUCAGCCAAGGAUUAAUGAAAGGGAGUGAAGAUGAAGCUCCAUUUGUUAUUUGGAGGAUUUCCUACCUGUGGUACACUAUGAUAGGAAUGCUGAUCGUCUUGAUCCUGGGAACAAUAGUUAGCUUUAUGACAGGUCGACAAAAUCCGCGACUACUUGAUCCCAAACUCCUAUGCAAAUUCAGUGACUGCUUUCCAUCGUGCAAGAUUGGGGACUCGCCCCAGAAUAACAAAACCAACAACAUUGAACUAGACUAAAUUUUUAUACGUUUUGACCUUUCAGCAAGACCUUGGUGUUCUAGAAGGUCAAUUCUUAACAGUUUUCUCGUAACCGCAAUUCAUCUACGUUAACAUUGACCUUCUAAAAUGACAA